UGUUACACAUGCACGUAAGUUUAAGGCCGGUGCGCAUAGAAACCCAUUCUCUGCAAAUACGAUUUUUUUUUUGCGGGGAUGCAAAUACGAAUUUAACUCCAGAAUAUCCAUUGUUUGAGGAUACCGUGUCCAUGUUUUGAAAAGCCUCAUAUGAACUCAAAACAGCACACAUUUUGACACAUAAAUUGAUUCGUACUACUACAAGACAACUGCUUCUUUUUGUUUAUUAAACAUGGGCAGAAGGAUGGCUGAGACACCAAGACGAAUAAUACAAUCUCUCUCAAACGGACCCUUGUUUGUUUGUCCAUAUGUGCAGGCGCUAGCUGCUCGAUGGUGACCGAUUUUAUGCAACGGAAAGAUUCGAUGGUUCCAACUGAGCAGUGAGCUGGUUGGCUUCUUCACAUGGAGUGUAAUGGAUAGAGGACAGCACGACAUUUCCACUGCACCACCAUCAACAAGCAACCAUGCCUGCAAUGGCUCCCGCCCAGGAAGAGCCGUUGGGGCUCGUCAAGCCUGCGCCACCGCCACCGCCCCCUUCCUUCUUCCUCGACCAACCCUCGAUAACCAACGGUGGCUCACAGUCACAGCAGCCGCAGGAUGACCUGGCCUUGGCAUACAUCUCGCGCAUGCUCAUGGAGGAGGACAUCACCGACAAGUUCUUCUACCAACACCCUGAGCAUCCGACGCUCCUGCAGGCCGAGCAGCCCUUCGCUGAGAUCCUCUCAGCCUCCGGCAUCGCCACAGCUGGUGCCCAUGGGUCCUCCGCUUUACUUCCAAGUCAAGGCAACAACACGGGCAUCAUGGCUUCCGCGUUCUUGUCCAGCGAGGUACAUAGUCCACCCUUGUUCUUGAACGGCACAGUCACAGCGGAGGCGCCCAGGAGCGGCGUCACCAUGGGCGACCUGUCGAGCAUGGCUUUCUUCAAAGGCAUGGAGGAGGCCAACAGCUUCUUGCCCACAGUCAAUGUGAUGGUGGAUGCUAGGGGGCGUAAGAAGAGGUCUGGCAUGGAUAGCGAGACGGAGGCGUGCAUGGGCAGGAGCAGCAAGCAAAUAGCGGUGCGGGUGCUGGCGCAUAAUGAUUCGGAGGAGGAAGAGACCGCACUUGAGCUGGACCUGCUCAUCCUCAACGGCUAUGACAUGUACUCCAAUGAGACGAUGAAGGAGAGGGGGGGCCAGGCGGCGCAUCAGAGCAUUUGCAGGAAGGCGCCGUGUGUGAGGCACAGCGCGAGGCAGAUGGUGGUGGCUGAUCUGGAAACGCUGCUGAUCCGCUGUGCGGAGGCGGUGGCUACCAAUGACCGGAGCAACGCCGGCGAUCUACUGAAGAAGAUCAAGCAGCACUCGCUACCAACAGGAGACGCAAGGCAGCGACUGGCAUAUUACUUCGCCGAGGGGCUGGAGGCACGACUGGCGGGCACAGGGAGGCAAAUAUACCACUCGAUCACCGCGGCGAAUCACACCUCCACCGUGGAGCUCUUCAAAAGCUACCACCUGUGCAUAGCCGCCUGCUGCUUCCUGAAGGUGUCGCUUAACUUCUCCAACAAAAACAUCUACAAUGCCGUGGCGGGGAGAAAGAAGCUGCACAUUGUGCACUAUGGUGUCAACGAUGGGUUCCAGUGGCCGGAUUUGCUCCGGUGGCUAGCAGACAGGGAGGGUGGGCCACCGGAGGUGAGGAUCACCGGCAUUAUUAGCCCGCAGCCUGGGCCCUGUCCGGUUAAGCAAGCCAAGGAGACAAAACGCAGGCUCAGCUACUGUGCAAGGCAGUUUGGCGUGCCAUUCAAGUUCCAUGCUAUCAUAGCCAAGUUAGAGACUGUCCACGCUGAGGACCUCGACAUCGAUCCAGACGAGGUGCUCGUCGUGAACAAUAUGUUUCAUUUCAGGACAUUGAUGGAUGAGAGCCUCACCUUUGACAUGGAAAACCCAAGGGACCUGGUGCUCAACACUAUCAGGAAGAUGAAACCAUCCAUGCUCAUCCACGCUGCUGUCAAUGGAGCAUAUAGCUCGGCGUUCUUCAUGACUCGUUUCCGCCAAGCGCUCAACAACUUCACAGCGCAGUUUGACAUGAUGGAGAGUACCAUGAUGCAGAACAAAGACAAGAGGUUACUGGUGGAGCGGCACAUUUUUGCACGCUCUGUGAUGAAUAUCAUUGCCUGUGAGGGCCCUGACCGGGUGGAGCGCCCUCAGAACUACAAGGAGUGGCAUGCGCGGAACCAGCGAGCCGGACUAAGGCAGCUGUCAUUAGACCCUGACAUUGUUAAGAUGCUCAAGGACCAAGUGAAGAAGCAGUACCACAAGCAUUUCAUGAUUGAUGAGGAUCAACGGUGGCUUCUGCUCGGAUGGAAAGGCCGGGUGCUCUACGCCCUCUCGACAUGGGUAGCUGAUGAUGCUAGUGGCUCUCAACUGGAGUAGAUGGAUGGAUUGAAGUACGAGUGAAUAUAGAUUUGCCUGUUGCACUAUCAGAUGUGUGUUUGCUCCUUUUUUGUAUGUGUAACUUGGUAACAGAGACCAUUAUAAGAUUUCAGAGAUGCAGUGAGUGCACAUAUAUCCAUUUUAAUCUGCAUUGUGAGAGACAAGAUUAUGUGGAAUCUCUGCAUAGCUUGGUCUGAUAAGGAGACUGGAUAUUUCUCUUCAAUUUUCUCAAUCAGAGAUGACAUGAUAUGUGAGAAACAGUGCGCUUGUAGGUUGUAAUGCUAACCUGGUGGAUAAUUUGGAAGGAGCGCGAUACGCACAUCUUUGACAACAAUGCCUGCGAUGCUGACCAGUUGUCUCUCGAUAUCUUUGAAGAGCUCCAGAACCAUGCAGGGACUCAGCGCACAGACGGAACCCCUUCUGCCUAAUCUGUUCAAGUCUUUAGUGCUGUAAUAGUAGCUGAACGUACUUAGGUUGAUUGUACUCUUCCUGGCUCUGCCAGCUUCUCUUAA